AAUACAACUGAUAGUGAAAAGUGGGUAAAAUACCUUAAAAAUAUAAAGUGUUAUUUGGAUGAAAUAAAACACUGUACUGAAUGGGCUCAGAGAAAGAACAUAAAACAAACUCUUGAAAAAUCUAUUUUAUCAAAAAGCGUUACUCAAAAAAAUCAAUACAAGCAAGCCUAUGAUUAUAUAAUUGAUUUAGUUAAAGGAUUUGAAAAUCGAGAAAUUCUG